AUGUUCCUGGUAAGGAGUCAUAAGGUAUGGCCCUUAGUCCUGUUGGUGUGUGGCUGUCGUUUGUUUAUCCAACAAGGAUGGUUGGAUACCCGAUACUGGAAGAUAUCUAACAAACAUCGUUUAAAACCCAAGAGCACAACAGAAAACUCAAAAUGUAUAAUAAAUCAAACGGUACCGCUAGAAAACUCAAUAUUUAUAAACGAUCAAAAAGAAUCGUCAGAAAACUCAAUAUUCAUAAACAAUCACAUAGAAACGUCAGAAAACUCAAUAUUCAUAAACAAUCACAUAGAACCGUCAGAAAACUCAAUAUUUAUAAACAAUCACAUAGAACCGUCAGAAAACUUAAACCGAACAGAUAAAAUCACGGAACAGCCAGUCAGACAAAUAUUGAGUGAUCCAAAGACAACGGUCCACAUAAAUACGUUUCUGAACUGGAAAAAAUUUAAGCCGCACGUCCAACCAGUUGUAUUUACUAAUGAAUCUGCUGUUAUUGCACAAGCUAUUGAAUACGGUUGGAAAUACCUGCCUCUUCUUCAUAUGUCACCUUAUCAUGUGCCCAUACUGAAAUAUAUACUGAGCGCCAUGGAAUAUGCCUAUGUUAAUAGUGAUAUUUUAUUUGACGAUGGGUUGAUAAAAACAAUAACGGCUGUAAAUUCUGCGCCAUCUUUACCCAAAAAUGAACCUCUGUUAAUUAUUGGACAAAGAACUAAUGUUCUUAGUGUGACCCUGGCUGAAUCAUCAACCUUUCAGAAACUUCAUAGGAUUUCAAAAAGGGGUCAACUUUUUGGAAAAGACGCGGAGGAUAAUUUUAUAACGGACCACAGUUUCCCUUGGGAGACGAUUCCAGAGCUUGCUAUUGGACUUCCGGCUUACGAUAAUUGGCUGGUUCUGUUUGCACGGGCUGGAAAUAUGACAGUGAUUGACUGUACGGCUACCAUGCUUGCUGUUCAUCAAACGACUACGACUAAGAAAGGAAACAUGGAGGGUCACUCCCACGAUCAUAACAAAUAUAACUUUGAGGUGAUAAAUAAAGUUUAUAAGACAGUAGAUUACAGCGGUGGUUCAACUCAUUGUACCAACUGGAUAACGAGAUACAACGGCACAUCAAAACUUGUAACAUUUCCUCAAAGACCAACACCUGCUUGUCAACUUAUAUUAAUACCUAAAACAAAACAAAAUACCUAACACUUCUCCAAACACCAAC